GCUGUAACUCGAGGAAUCUCAUGCGUCUCGUGCUGUUGCCUCGAGUUCGAGACCGCGUGACGUCCAAACAUAGUACUUACAUAGUCUAGACGGCUAAAUUCAUCCACCCCUGAUCUACCGAAUCUUCUCUAUACCUUAGGUACCAACCUAGAAUCUAGAUGCUUACCUAGGUACCUACCUUUUCCAUACUUGAUAUGCAUGCAUAUAACAACAUAGAGUUAGCAACAACAGCAACAACCAUUACCGCUACUACUACCGCUACUUUUCUCAUCGCAACGCCCUCUCGUUUCCCAUAGUCGUCGACUUUUCGCGUGCCCUGUUAGAUUCCAUACACUCGACCUGGGUUUGCGAAAGCCUCACUAUCCGAUCGAUGACCGCGUCAUUGUCGAGCACCUCGUCCUCGGACCAUCCGUCUGCCUCGAGUCGCAAAUAUGAUCCAUCCUUGAAACCGGAUAUCAAUGCCGAUCCCGCGUGGUCCGAAAGUACAAUAAGGGUCAACGCCGGAGAGCCUGCUGGUCCGGAUAGACUGAACGAGCACUCUCCUCUUCUCUCCCCUAGCCGGGGAGAGCGCGAUUCACUAGAUGAGUUUGAUGACAACGACAGACAAGCAGAACAUGAUGAGUUUCAGACCACCAAAAGCAUUUGGUACCUCUUACUCUUGACAAUCAGCAUUGGAGGACUACAAGUAGCCUGGGCUGUAGAGUUGUCUAAUGGCACUCCGUACUUGCUAUCUCUUGGCCUUAGCAAGUCUCUAAUGGCCCUUGUAUGGGUCGCCGGCCCGCUUACUGGGACUUUAGUACAGCCAUAUGUCGGCAUGCUCAGUGACAGCUGCAGAGUAUCUUGGGGGAGGCGCAAACCCUUCAUGCUUGGUGGCGCCGUUGCCACAUCGUUAGCCUAUAUGUUCCUUGCGUGGAUUCGAGAGAUUGUUGGCGGAAUCUUCAGCCUGUUUGGAGUUGACGCCGAUUCCCACACAGUAAAAGUCACCAUUAUCGUCAUCGCUGUCAUCUGGAUAUACAUCCUAGAUGUUGCAGUCAAUACGGUCCAGGCAUCUAUCAGAGCCUUUAUCGUCGACUGUGCUCCGCCACAUCAACAGGAAGCUGCAAAUUCCAUGGCUAGCAGGCUGGUGGGCGUCGGCAAUAUCAUAGGAUAUGUUGCUGGGGGGAUUGAUCUUCCCAAGUAUCUUUGGUGGCUUGGCGACACUCAGUUUAAGGACCUUUGCGCAAUCGCAAGCAUCGCACUUUGCUCGACAGUAUUGUUGAGCGUACUGACCGUUAAAGAGCGAAAUCCUCAACUCGAAGGACGUCCUGCUACUAAGCCACCUGGCCUUCGCUCAUUUUUUGCCAAGAUAUUUGCCGCUAUUAAAAGGCUUCCACCCCAAAUCGCAAAGGUUUGCAUUGUGCAAUUUGCGGCGUGGAUCGGCUUCUUUCCUAUGCUCUUCUACACCUCAUCCUAUGUCGGAGAAAUAUACGUCGAGCCCUACCUAGAAGAGAAUCCCCACAUGACUCCUGAAGAGUUGGACCAGCUUUACGAGAAGGCCACCAGGGUGGGUACCUUUGCCCUAUUAAUAUUCGCCAUCACCAGUCUAGCAACCAAUGUCCUGCUUCCUUUCUUCAUCGACCCAACCUAUGACAAUAAUCCUGUCGUUGGCAAUGGGUCCAGGGAAUUCCCUGCACUUGGGAAUUCCGCUUCCCGCAGUAAGGGCUUUUUGGCUCGUUUAGUCAUUCCCGGCUUCACUUUACGAAGAGCUUGGAUGUAUUCCGAAAUUCUGUUUGCUGUCGUAAUGUUCUGCACCCCGUUUGUGAGAACUGUUGAGGCUGCAACCGCACUUAUUGGUCUUCUUGGUAUUCCAUGGGCUUUGGCACUUUGGGCGCCAUGGGCCAUCAUCAGCGCCGAAAUCAGUCGCCGCGAUAUACUACAUCGAGCCCGAAAACAACAGAUGCGGUCGCUUGCGCGAGGUGAACAGUUAGAUAAUAGCGACUCCGAUGAUGGGCUCCUCGAGGGUGGGUCUCGGUCGCAGGCUGAUGAAGAGGAACCAGACCAAGCCGGCGUGAUCCUUGGUAUACACAACAUGGCCAUUGCUUCGCCGCAGUUCAUUGCUACUCUUGGUUCUAGCAUCAUCUUCCGCAUUUUCCAGAAGCCAAGAGGCGAGCCUGGUGAUCAUAGUAUCGCCAUUGUCUUGGCUUCGGGAGGCUUCUUCGCGCUUAUAGCCGCGUACUUCAUUCACAAAAUCAGCGAAGACACAUCGGUACCAGCGGCUGCUGUUUAUGCUGUAGAACAAGGUGACCCAAUCAAUUCACGACCGAGCACAUCGCAGAGCAAGAGGAGUUUCGACCAGGCCAGAGCUAGUCUCGACCAAGCAACUUUGGCUAGAAAUAGCAGCUUCGGGGCGGGAUUGGAAUACUAAUCAUGCCUCCCGGUGGGCCAUACCCGUUAGUUAGUCGCAAUAUCCACCGACGGAAUUAGAGAAUGUUCAAGUGCAUCUCCCCCUUUUUUUAUACCCAUUUAGAAGUUCCACGGACCACGGACAACAAAUAUACUGGAGUUAUACUUUGCAAUUCUUAGUAGCUUAGCAAUGGUUUGCUGAUGUAAAUUGUCAUAUAUGAUAUGUAUAGAUACCUCUUAUAAAUUAUAUCCACCUAGUCACCUAUGUAUUCUACGUGUAGUCCUGUCAGUUAAUUGCCUUCAACAUACUAUUAAUAAAAAUGCUUACUUCAAAGCUAAGACACGUCUUGAUCCGCAGAAACCCGCGUAAGGUAUAGCGGGAAGGAGGGCGGC